AUGUGUUUUCUCUUAGAAGCAGCAUCAGAUGAACAGAAGCUGCCCAGAGGGAUUCCUGUCAUCAGAACAAAAACUCCUAAUAAAGAACAGACAGCUGUCUCCAGUCUCUCAUCCAGAAGGAUUGUUCUUCUGGGUAAAACUGGUGUUGGGAAAAGUGCAGCUGGAAACACAAUCCUGGGACAGAAUGAGUUCAGAUCUGUGAAGAGUUUAAAUUCAGUAACCAGUGAAUCCUCAGAGAAACAUGCAAAUCUUUCAGGCAGAUCUGUGUUUGUGGUUGAUACUCCUGGAUUCUUUGACACACAGAUGAAACCUGAAGAGUUAGCUUUAGAGAUAGCAGGAAGUGUGUAUAUAUCCAGUCCUGGACCGCAUGCGUUUCUCGUUGUGUUCAAUGUGAGUAUGAAGUUCACUGAACAUGAGCAGCAGAUUCCUCAGAUAACUGAGAUGAUGUUUGGUCAGGAGGUGUUAAAAUUCUCCAUCGUUCUCUUUACUUAUGGAGAUUGGCUACAAGGAGAGUCUAUUGAGAAUCUCAUUACAGAGAACAAAGCUGUAAGUCAUCUAGUUGAUCAGUGUGGAGGCAGAUUUCAUGUCUUCAACAAUACAGAUAAGAAUAACAGCAAGCAGGUGAAUGAUCUACUGCAGAAGAUUGACACAAUGAUAGAGCAGAAUGGAGGAGGAUACUACAGUAAUCAGAUAUUUCAAGAUGUUCAGAGAUACAGACAAGAGGAAGAAGAGAGGAGACAGAGAGGAAGAGCAGAGAAAACAACAGGAGAAACAAAGAUAAGAUGAGAUUGAGAGAGUGAGAAAGGAGGCAGAGGAGAAAAUCAGAUUAUAGUUAGAGGCUCAUGAAUCUGAACUACAAAGACUUGAGGCAGAGAAGCAGAGAGAGGAAAAACAGAGAAAACAACAAGAGGAGAACCAAAGUCAAGAGUUUGAAAGAGUGAAAAUCAGAGCAGAGAUAGAAGCUCAGAAAUCUGAACUAAAAAAACUUGAAGCACAGAGACAGAAAGAAGAAAAGGAGAGAAAACAACAAGAGGAGAAACGAAGACAAGAAGAGAGAAUCAAAGCAGAGAAUUUAAAGAACAAUGGAGUUCAAGCAUUUUAUACCAAGCAUAAGCAAUAUUUUUUUGCUGCUGCUGUUAUCGUUGUUACUGGAGCUGUUUUAGUUUCACCUACUUCUGCUGCUGCUAAAAUUAUUAAGAACCAUGCACACAAAAUG